CCUCUUCCUUCAGCAUUUGUUUUUUGUGAUAAUGUGUUAUCGUAGCUUGUGAGUGACUGUUUAGGAAAGUUUAUAACAUAGUAAAUAUGAUGCAUCUUUACUCACUACGGUUAACUCUCGCUAAUAAUUGUUUUGUGCGUAACUAUCAAGGAUUCUAGUGAAAAUUGUGAUUGAAAGUUUUUCUAAUAAAAAGUGAUCCAACAGCUGUGAAUAUGAAGCUGGUUUACAAAAAUAUGGAUAAGGUCGGCGACGGGAGUGUCACGCUUAUCCCGGAGGAACCGGAGGAUAUGUGGCAUGCGUACAACUUGAUCGCCGAAGGAGACCAGGUUCGAAGCGGUACCAUUAGAAAGGUUCAAAACGAAACCGCUACUGGAUCUUCCACCAGCAGCAGAGUGCGUACCACGCUAACCAUCAGCGUGGAAAGCAUCGACUUCGAUACCCAAGCACAAGUUCUACGUCUCAAGGGCCGUAACAUCGAAGAAAACCAAUUCGUUAAGAUGGGUGCUUACCAUACGCUAGAUCUGGAGCUGAAUCGUAAAUUUACCCUCACUAAGCCGGAGUGGGAUUCUGUUGCGCUGGACCGCGUGGAUAUGGCAUGCGAUGUAACGAAGAGCGCCGACGUCGCGGCCGUUAUCAUGCAGGAUGGUUUGGCGCACGUCUGCCUGAUUACCGCCAGCAUGACGCUGGUUCGGAGCAAGAUUGACGUGUCAAUUCCACGCAAACGCAAGGGUAACGUUCAGCAGCACGAGAAAGGACUGGCCAAGUUCUACGAUUCGCUGAUUCAAGGUAUCCUGCGUCAUGUAAACUUCGAAAUCGUUAAGUGCGUGCUGAUUGCUUCGCCCGGUUUCGUAAAGGACCAGUUCUUCGAGUACAUGUUCCAGCAGGCCGCAAAGACUGACAAUAAGGUGCUAUUAGAAAAUAAAAGUAAAUUCAUGUUGGUCCAUUCGUCCUCUGGAUUCAAACAUUCGCUGAAAGAGGUACUGCAGGACCCCGCGGUAGUGGCGAAAAUGUCCGACACCAAGGCGGCCGGUGAAGUGAAGGCUCUGGAACAGUUCUACACGACGCUACAGUGUGAGCCGGCUAAAGCGUUCUAUGGCAAAAAACAUGUCACCAAAGCGGCCAACGCGCAGGCCAUCGAAACGCUGAUGAUAUCGGAUAAUCUGUUUCGAUGCCAAGACGUAGCGACCAGAAAGGAGUACGUUCAGCUCGUGGAUUCGGUGCGUGAUUCCGGAGGCGAGGUUAAAAUCUUUUCCAGCAUGCACGUGUCAGGCGAACAACUAGCUCAGCUAACAGGGGUGGCCGCUAUUCUGCGCUUUCCUAUGCCAGAACUGGAGGACAGCGAGGACGAGCAGAGCGAUUCGGACUCGGAUUGAGCUGUUGAAGUUAAGUCUAUCAAAAUAUAUGGAAAUCAAGUGUUGGAAUCGAUAUUUUUGUGCAAACUAGUGCAACUUUAAGUUAUUUUUAUCUAUAAUCACUAGUAUCAUACUCGAACCAAUAUUAUUAUUUAAUAUAAAUAGGUUAGAUGCAAACUUUCGUAUCGGUUCCUUAGCAUAAUGUCACCCCCUUACAGGCAUUUGUAUUAAAAAGUAACACAGAAAAAAUAGUUUUGAUAAAACAGUUUAAAUCUGGAAAGUAUAGGAUUUCUAAAGCGACUUGUGCGCUUCGUCAAAACGACUCAAAGUACAGCCACGUACAGCUAAUCAGUCUAUUUUUCAGUUAUCUUUAAAAUACACCGCUUUUUAUUUGAAACGAGUCACUAUUGCACAGUUUUCAACACUGAUUUUAUUUACUCAUGAUAUUGAACAUUAAAAAUCAUUUUUCUUGUUCGCAGUUAGCUAUAAAUUGAAUUGUAUUUGU